UUUCAUCAGAGUUUGCACUGAAGCCAGUUCUGUGAUAACAAACAUUUGUUGCUUUCCUAGAUGUGAGAUGAAGUGACCACAGAACGGGGAUAUUGAGAGCCAGUCUCCCAGGAGGUCAGCAUGUCUGAAGCAGAGGCCUCCACCCAGCCAUCACACGCUGAAGGUCAGGUGUUUGUGAAGCAGGACACAUCAGGACCAGGAUUACCAGAGCUUCAGGAACACUGGCCCGGCCAGCAUGAAAGGAAACCGCAGGACCUGUUAGGUGACGCUGCUACUUGUUUAAAGUGUGAGAGCACUCUGUCAUCUUGUUGCUGCCAGACCCAAACUGUAGCCAGUGGAGAUCUUCUUCCUGGAACUUCAACUGAGUGGGUGCAAACAGAAGAGGAAACAGAUGGUUGUGGAGGGUCAGAUUUCCAGCAGCCCCUCUCUUCAGAUUGUGGGGACGGAAAUAAUACUAGUGAUGCUGAAUGGACGGAGAGUGGAGGAUCUAACUCCAGUUCAAACACAGUGAAGUCAAAGAGAAGGGCAAAGCGAAGACAAAACCGCCCCAUCUUGAACAUUAAGCAAAUGACAAAUCUAAGACCUUUUUGUUGUGCAAUGUGUGGAGAAUCUUUCCACUACAGGAGUUUAUUAAUGAAGCAUGUUAAAUCACAUGCAAACAAUGCAACUGGUCUCUGUCCCACAAACCAAGCAUCUACAGAAAGUGGGAUCGAACCCGACGAAAGACACAGGGAGGACAAUCUGUGUUAUGUCUGUGGCAAAACAUUUACCACAAGGUCCCAUUUAAAAAGGCACUUGCUGGUUCACACAGGUCAGAAACCACACUGUUGUAAAGAAUGUGGCAAAAGAUUUGCACGAGGUGAAUGUCUGAGAAUACACAUGAGGAUCCACACGGUGGACAAGCCAUACACAUGUGAAGUCUGUGGGAAAGGAUUCAAGCAGAGGGGCAACAUGAUGUGUCACAUAAGAACCCACACAGGAGAGAAACCCCAUCACUGUGGCAUCUGCUCCAGACCGUUUGCAUAUAAAAAGGACAUGAUGAGACACAUGCAAGUCCACGCAAAGACGACGUGAAAUCCCAUUGUGAGGUUUCAUUCACAUAAAAAAAAAAAAACAGCUGUCAGUGAUGUACUGUUGGGUCGAUCUUGUAUUAUUUUUCUUCAAAUAACUGACCCUAUGUAGACAGUGUGACGUCACACCUGGAUAUUUGCGAUUGACAUGAGAUUUUGUCUGUAGGAAAUGUUGCACUGAUCUAAGACAUUGAAGUAGAAU